GGUGGAAGCCGACAGCUAAAUCUUGUGUAUGGCGUGGUCAAAGUUGCGGCCCCUCACCUCUGCCUUCCUCCACUUUGGGUUGGUUACUUUUGCGCUCUUCCUCAAUGGUCUGCGGGCAGAGGCUAGCACAGCCGGGGAUGUGGAAAGUACAGGGCAGAACAAUGAAUCCUGCUCAGGGUCAUCAGACUGUAAGGAAGGUGUCAUUUUGCCAAUCUGGUACCCAGAGAACCCUUCCCUGGGGGACAAGAUUGCCAGGGUCAUCGUUUAUUUUGUGGCCCUGAUCUACAUGUUCCUUGGGGUGUCCAUCAUCGCUGACCGCUUCAUGGCAUCAAUUGAGGUCAUCACUUCUCAGGAGAGGGAGGUGACCAUCAAGAAGCCUAAUGGAGAGACCAGUACAACUACUAUUCGAGUCUGGAAUGAAACUGUCUCCAAUCUGACCUUGAUGGCUCUGGGUUCCUCUGCCCCAGAGAUUCUCCUGUCUCUGAUUGAGGUCUGCGGUCAUGGGUUCAUUGCCGGAGACCUAGGGCCUUCUACCAUUGUAGGCAGUGCAGCCUUCAACAUGUUCAUCAUCAUAGCUAUCUGUGUCUACGUGAUCCCUGAUGGGGAGACCCGGAAGAUCAAACACCUUCGGGUCUUUUUUGUCACGGCUGCGUGGAGCAUCUUUGCCUACAUCUGGCUAUACAUGAUCCUGGCAGUAUUUUCACCAGGUGUGGUUCAGGUAUGGGAGGGCCUGCUCACUCUCUUCUUCUUUCCCAUAUGCGUCCUCCUGGCUUGGAUAGCAGACAGGCGGAUGCUCUUCUACAAAUAUAUGCACAAAAAAUAUCGUACAGACAAGCACCGAGGUAUCAUCAUAGAGACAGAGGGUGACCAUCCCAAAGGCAUCGAGAUGGAUGGGAAGAUGAUGAAUUCUCACUUCCUAGAUGGGAACCUGGUAACGACGGAAGGCAAAGAAGUGGAUGAGUCUCGCAAAGAAAUGAUUCGGAUCCUCAAAGACCUGAAACAAAAGCACCCAGAAAAGGAUCUGGACCAGCUGGUGGAGAUGGCCAACUACUAUGCCCUUUCCCAUCAACAGAAGAGCCGAGCUUUCUACCGGAUCCAAGCCACCCGUAUGAUGACUGGAGCAGGCAACAUCUUGAAGAAGCAUGCAGCAGAACAAGCCAAGAAAUCCUCUAGCAUGGGCGAGGUACAUACCGACGAGCCUGAGGAUUUUGUGUCCAAAGUUUUCUUUGACCCAUGCUCCUACCAGUGCCUGGAGAACUGUGGAGCCGUCCUCUUGACUGUGGUGAGGAAAGGAGGUGAUACCACUAAGACCAUGUACGUGGACUACAAGACAGAAGAUGGUUCCGCCAAUGCUGGGGCUGAUUAUGAGUUCACAGAAGGCACAGUGGUCCUGAAGCCAGGAGAAACCCAAAAGGAGUUUUCUGUUGGCAUUAUUGAUGAUGACAUCUUUGAGGAGGAUGAACAUUUCUUUGUAAGGCUUAGCAAUGUUCGCAUAGUGGAGGAGCAGCCAGAUGAAGGACUACCCCCUGGCGCAAUCAACAACCUGCCCUUGCCGAGGGCUGUCCUGUCCUCCCCCUCCGUGGCUACAGUCACCAUUCUGGAUGAUGACCAUGCGGGCAUCUUCACUUUUGAGUGUGAUGUCAUUCAUGUCAGUGAGAGCAUUGGUGUCAUGGAGGUCAAGGUCCUCCGGACAUCGGGUGCCAGGGGCACAGUCAUCGUCCCCUUUAGGACAGUGGAAGGGACCGCCAAAGGUGGUGGUGAGGACUUUGAAGACAACUAUGGGGAGUUGGAAUUCAAGAAUGAUGAAACUGUGAAAACCAUAAGGGUUAAAAUAGUAGAUGAGGAGGAAUACGAAAGGCAAGAGAAUUUCUUCAUUGCCCUUGGUGAACCGAAAUGGAUGGAACGUGGAAUAUCAGAUGGUGAAGCAAGGCAAAGAAUAAAGAUGCUACCUGCUGGACGCCAUGAAAAGAAGGUAGCUAGGAAUCCAGAAUCCCCAUAUGCUUCUGCCCAGCUAGAUUUCCAACUACCAGAUGGUAAGAAGGUGCCAAGGACUCCAAAUAUGAGGAUUCCAGGAAGAGGCAGGCCAAUGGUACCAGGCAGUAGGAGGGUCAGCUUUCCUCACCUUCCUUUGAGAAUCGAAACAUGUCACAAGAAAGAUGUGACUGACAGGAAGCUAUCCAUGGAAGAGGAGGAAGCCAAGAGGAUAGCAGAAAUGGGAAAGCCAGUGUUGGGCGAGCACCCCAAAUUAGAAGUAAUCAUUGAAGAGUCCUAUGAAUUCAAGAGUACAGUGGACAAACUAAUCAAGAAGACAAACCUGGCCCUCGUUGUGGGGACACAUUCCUGGCGUGAUCAGUUCAUGGAGGCCAUCACUGUCAGUGCAGCAGGAGAUGAGGAUGAGGAUGAAUCGGGUGAGGAGAGGCUGCCUUCCUGCUUUGACUAUGUCAUGCACUUCCUCACCGUCUUCUGGAAGGUGCUAUUUGCCUGUGUACCCCCCACAGAGUACUGCCACGGCUGGGCCUGCUUUGUGGUUUCGAUCCUCAUCAUUGGUAUGCUCACCGCCAUCAUCGGCGACCUGGCUUCCCACUUUGGCUGCACCAUUGGCCUCAAGGACUCAGUCACAGCUGUUGUUUUUGUGGCCUUUGGCACUUCCGUCCCAGACACCUUUGCCAGCAAAGCAGCUGCCAUCCAGGAUGUAUAUGCUGAUGCCUCCAUAGGCAAUGUCACAGGGAGCAAUGCAGUUAAUGUCUUCCUGGGCAUCGGCCUGGCCUGGUCAGUGGCUGCCAUCUACUGGGCCCUGAAAGGACAAGAAUUCCACGUCUCAGCUGGCACCCUGGCCUUCUCUGUCACCCUCUUCACAAUCUUCGCUUUCGUCUGCAUCAGCGUCCUCCUGUACCGGAGACGGCCCCACCUCGGUGGGGAGUUGGGCGGCCCCCGGGGUUGCAGGCUGGCCACAACUUUGCUCUUCGUGACCUUGUGGCUCCUGUACAUUCUCUUUGCCACACUGGAAGCCUAUUGUUACAUCAAAGGGUUCUGAGCAGCCGAGGGCCGGUAGAUCCAAGGAACCUCUUAGUCUCACCACCCCCCUCCAAGUGACCACCAGGAUGUUUGGCUGAGGAGAGAAAGCACCAGACAUCCACGUCACUGGAGCACCAUCUUCUGCUUGAAUCUCCCCCAGCUAGGCCCUGGGACUAACGGACAACAUGAAGGGUACAGUUGUAACCAAUCAAACAGAAAGACAAAAGAAGCCACAAAUUAUCAAGUAUUUAAAUACAAGCCAAGAAUAGCAACAAAGUCACCUUCCACCUCCUUCCUACCCACAGUCCCAGCCUUCACAGCAGAGGACCACGCUCAUCUUCUUACUGCUUUUCAGCUCCAUUGUAUUUGGUUGUUUCAUGUUCUCCACAUUGAGAUUUCUCUUGUCGGUCUCAACUGGAUAUUACACACACAAACACACGCACACACGCGCACACACACACAAGAUGUUUUUGCAUCCAGCUGACAGGUUUGGAGGCAAAUCAGAUCACAAUCAUUUGAGUUGGCCUCUUUUUCUAAUCUGUGUUAUUAUUAUUUAUUGUUUGUUUGGUGUCAGGUUUACCUCACUGUUUAUUCUCUCUUCCUCCUGACAUCUGUGACAAAGGCGAAAUGGAGCAACACUGGGCUGUUGUAUAGAGAAAGAAAAGUGUGAAUUUUUCAGCCACAAACAAUGUCACUCUCCCUAACAGACAUCCGUCAUGAUUCUGCCCGUUUCCUUUUUUCCCCCAGUCUUUUAUAGGACUGAUAAUACUUAAUGCGAAAAGACGCAUGCGCAUGUGUGCGCACAAACACACACACACACACACAUAUACACAAACACAUAUAGCCACACACACAUUUAUGGGGGAAAAAUUGAAUAUUAGAGUUUCGAAAAAGAAAAAAAAACCUUAAAGACAACAAUCUUUAUUUCCUGCCCCUGUUGCUGCAUUUUGAAUACAACAUGUCUUUUGUAUGUAUAUCAGUUCCUUCACAACCAUGGUAUUUUAUGAAGAACUAUCUAGAUAUGGAUUUCCUGGGGAAGCAAUGGGAAGGUAAGGCACAAGAUGGAAAAGACCUAGCAGAAGAAGGUGUGAUGCAUGACUUCUUGAUCUCCUUUGAUUUGCUUUUUGAGGUAGGAUGAGAGGCAUGUGCAUAUAUCAAAAAAAAUUUUUAAGGCAAAACAAAAACUUAUUAGUUAUUUGGUGUUCUCACCAUUUGGUGCUUUUGAGAAAUGUCAACUUCUCCAUGGUCUUACCAGAGUAUCAUUGUUCUAGAGUUCACCAAAUUUCUUAAAGUCACACGAAUUUGGGAGAAGUUGGGAGUAAGAGAGACUCCUUCCACCUGCUACUCUAAUUUCUCUGUGCCUUUGAGGGAUGAGCACUGAGUCCUGCAUGGUUCUUGUAAGUCACCAAUGUGGGAUAUGUUGGACAGGUAUCUCUUACUGGGCUCUUGUUGUUUUAAAAUUUCAUGAAGAUAUUUUUCCAUCUGUACCUGAGUUAUCCUUCUGUGAUCAUAACCUUCUGAGGUCCUAGUUUGGGGAGUGACACAUUAUCAUGUCAUUCAGAUCUUGACAAGUUUUGAGAGGUCUUGUCUCUAAAUACACAUACACACAAUCACCAUAAAACUGCCGCAAUUCUUCAGGUUUCUUCAUUGACAUAAGUACAUUUUUAAGAGUUAAUAAAAGAAAAGAGCAGAAAGCACCCAUUUAAUUUUAAACCCAUUUUUUAAAGAAAAAAAGUACUCAUGUCAUAACGUCUCUUGACAGUCACCAUUGGAAAUUUUGGGGUGGUUAAAAAAUAAAAGCUAUACUCUAUCUCUUUAAAAAUACAUGCCACUUAUUCUUGUUUUUCUUACCUGCAAAAGGCCAAAGUGCCAUUUUGGGUCCUCUCCUCAGUCAAUGUAAUUGAGAUGAAAAUGUCAUUUAUGGUGAAGUGUGCUUCCAAUUUAUGUCAUACUUGAUUUUGAAAAAAGACAGGCUAAUGCUGCAGAGGUAGCUCUAGUUGGGCCAGACUAGAACUGAAGACGCUGGAGGGUAGCAAGGGUUGGCACUACAAUUCUUGCAGAAGGAAAAGGGAGGAAGGAAGGAGCCUUUGGUAAUGGGAAGGAAUGUAGAAGGUUGUAAGGACUAAUUGCAAAUGGGGAAAAAUGAACCGUUUUUCACAACCCAAGGCCACAUAAUUACCCUUCAUGAACACACUCAAAUACAUCGUUUAGUUCCAAGUUGGUAUGUCCUAUAGACCAUGCCUAUGAUGGGAUUGCUAAGGUCAGUAUCAGAAAAUCACAAAGACAAACUUGGUGUAUUAUACAGUAAAACAGAGUUCAACUUGAUAUCUGGGAUUUGCAAAGGAGAUGGGAUCAAGCAAUAUCAACCAACACUUGAAGAUGGCUCACUUGUGUAAGAUGGAUAUAUAUAUAUAUAUACAUAUAUAUAUAUAUAUUUAUAUAUUUCUUAAUUUACAUUUGUCAGACGCAAAUCUAUAACACUGUUUAGCCAGUUAAGCAGCAAAGAGGAAUUAUGAAAUCCAUAUGGGACCUGAUUUAACUCUAGCCUUUGUUUGGAUAAUUAUCAGGUUAUCUGGAUGUUCAACUUGGUUCAACUCAGGAUAUAUUGUUUGUAUUUCCUGUGUGUAGAGUACCAUGGAGAUGUCAAAAAGUGAAGUCAACAAGCAUUCAUUAAAUGCCUACCAUGUGCCAGGCACUGUGCUAAGCACUGGGAAUACAAAGAAAGCAUCCCCCCCAA